CAUAACGGUCAUAACAAUCCUGUACUUUGUUAUUUAUUUUCAUUUAUUUAAUAUAUACAGAAAAAGGUUCAUUAUUAAAUAUUGUUUACAUUAUUUGCAAAAAUUUACAACAAUAAAAGUUAAUUAGUUACCAUCUCUAAAUUUGCAACUCUGUCGUUAUAAACCGAAGAACUGAAAACAGGACUACUGCCCUGCACCUGUUUUGUAAACGAGAGAAUAAAGAAGGUUUUCGACCUGUUCGGCCUCCACUACCUUGAAACCUGCGAACACAGUUGGUGAGAUGACGUCAUCAAAUUACAGAAGUUGGAUGAAGAAUCGAGCCAGCCAUUUCAGUCCUGGUUAACCAGACCAUAGAAGACGAGGGCACGAUUUACUGUUUGUGAUAUUUUUUUUUAUUUAUCUAUUUAUUUAUUUUUUUUAUAUACAAUUUUAUUAUUAGUGAUUCUCGAAAAAUAUCAUCAACAAUUCUAAUUUUCCACAGAUCGUUAAUGGAAAUUUUACUAUAAAAAAAAGGAAAGAUAAAAAUUUAAAUAAGAUUCAAAAAGUGUGUUUGAAAUUCAAUGGAUGAAUUUCAAUUUUAUUUUAUUGUUGUUUUUUAAUAUUAUUUAUGGAGAAACGAAGAAUAUUAUCGUUUAAAUUGCAUCCAAGGAUUUAUUCGCGAUGUAUUGAAAAGUAAACGCCCAGGUGAAAGGGAAUUUUUAUUGUUGUAUUUCGUCCAAUUUACAGGAUGUUUCAUUCAUAAGAAUUGUGAAUUUUCAUCAGAAUGAAUGAAUUCAGUGCUGAUAUGUAAGAGAAAAAAAAAGUUAUUUCUACAAUUCAAUGAUGACAACAACGAAUAAGAGGAAAUAGAAAAAGAACUGAAGAUAAUGGACCACUUUAAUGUAUUUGAUAAAAUUUCAAAUAGAAGAUUGAAUUUCGGAAUUUCCUUGUUUUUUUACAAAUGAUUAUCGUCUGGAUUAUUGUGGGCAAUUAAACUAAAGAAAAAAAAAUUAAUUAUAGAAGAUAAAUUUAUUGAGCAAUGAUGUGGCCAAUAGUGAGAAAAAUAUGCCGAAUUAAGCUUAUUGUCUUAUUUAUAAUAUUUGUCGUUGGACUAAUUUUUAUUUGGUCGAAAAUCAAUAUUCAAGACAAUGACAAUUUUAAUUCUUUUCGAUCUUCAGACAGGGAGAAAGAUUACAUUGAUCGAAGAGGAAUUCACGUGGUUGUUGGUCAUUAUAUUGGCGAUUCAGUUGAUCCUCUCAAAAGUCCCAAUAUUACGAAAGAUCUCAUCAACAAAAAUAUGUUUAAUCCCCGACCUUUUGAGGGAAGAGAUGGAGAUCCAGUUUUAAUUCCUUCGAAAGAUUUUUACGUGAUGCAGCAACUUUUUCAAAUAAAUCGAUUUAAUUUAAUGGCAAGUGAUCGCAUUCCUUUGAAUAGAACGUUGCCCGACGUUAGGAAAAAAAGAUGCAUAGCACGUUAUGCAAAUAUUGAUGGUUUACCAAAAACGUCAAUUAUUAUAGUUUUUCAUAAUGAAGCUUGGAGUACACUUUUACGAACCGUCCAUAGUGUUAUUAACAGAUCGCCAAGACAAUUGCUCGAGGAAAUUAUUUUGGUCGAUGAUAAUAGUGAUCGAGAAUUUCUCAAGACUCCUUUGGAUGAAUAUGUGAAAAAUCUAACGAUUCCAACGUAUGUUCUGAGAUCUGUAAAAAGAGUAGGACUGAUAAAUGCGAGACUCUUAGGUGCUAAAGCGGCAAAAGGAGAAGUUCUCACAUUUUUGGAUGCACAUUGUGAAUGCACGGUUGGAUGGUUGGAGCCUCUACUUGAAGCAAUUUCGAAAAAUCGAACCAGAGUUGUUGCUCCAGUGAUAGAUAUCAUUAAUGACGACACCUUCAGUUAUGUCAGAUCCUUUGAAUUGCAUUGGGGCGCUUUUAAUUGGGAUCUACAUUUUCGUUGGUUAACAUUGAGCGGACAAGUAUUAAAGAAACGUCGUGAAAAUAUUGUCGAACCAUUUAAAACGCCGGCAAUGGCUGGCGGAUUAUUUUCCAUGGAUAAAAGUUAUUUUUUUGCUCUCGGCAGUUAUGAUGAUCAAAUGCAAAUUUGGGGCGGUGAAAAUCUUGAAUUGUCAUUUCGUGUAUGGCAAUGUGGUGGAACUAUUGAAAUUGCCCCUUGCUCUCAUGUUGGUCAUUUAUUUAGAAAAUCAUCGCCCUACACAUUUCCCGGGGGCGUUGGUGAAAUUCUUUAUGGAAAUCUCGCCCGCGUUGCUCUCGUUUGGAUGGACGAGUGGGCGGACUUUUAUUUUAAAUUCAAUCCACAAGCUGAAAGAGUGCGAGAUAAGCAGCAAGUGAGAUCUCGAUUGGAAAUGAGAAAAGCCCUAAAGUGCAAGAGUUUCGAGUGGUAUUUAGACAAUGUCUGGCCCGAGCACUUUUUUCCAAAGAAAGAUCGAUUUUUCGGCAAGAUUCAACACGUGAGGUCGGAAAAUUGUUUAAUGAGGCCAAUGGCGAAGGGAACGUACAAUCAUCCAGCAGGAAACGUAAUGAUUGUUCCCUGCAUAAAUCCUCCGAAUUUGGUUCAAAUGUUCGUGAUGACCAAAGAAGGCGUGAUAAUGACAGACGAAAGUGUUUGUUUGGAUGCACCUGAAAAAGAUACUCAACACAUUAAACCAAAAGUGAAAAUUAUGAUGUGUAAUGGUCUCGAAAGACAAAAGUGGGAGUAUAAUGAGGAGACCAGGAAAUUGAUUCACAAAUCCUCAGAAAUGUGUCUGACGGUGUCGAGCGAUAAUAAAGACGGUCCAGUGUUGACUCCAUGUGAUGAGAAUGUGGAUCAAGAAUGGAUGUUGAAAUCAAUUCUUUGGAAGAAUGAUUGAAAUUUGAAUAUAGAAACUCGUCGAGAAAUAUUUGAAAAAAAUAUUUUUAACGAAUUGCAAAUGAAAGGAAUAACAAAUCAAAAAUAUCAAAUAAAAAGACGCUAAUUUUUUCGAAUACAAAUUUCUAGAUGAUAUUAAUUCCAAAAAGACUGAUAUUUUAGAUAAAUUUUAAGUUUUAAUGUUCGUUAACUUGUAAGUACUUAAUUGUCUCUGAAUUGUGGAUGACUGCAUUUUUUUGUAUU